AUGGCUGAAUCGUACAGUGAAGAUGGCGAUGUCUCUGUUGAGAAAAUACCUAUGGUGACAGACACGAAUACUCUUGAAAUGGAACAGUUUAUCCAUGGUUUCCUGACAGAUUUGAAAUGUAUAGACUAUUUACCGUUGUUUACUCAAUACGGAUUGCUGGACGAAAACGAUGUUAAAUAUAUCGAUAAAGAGAUCCUGGUAGCAAUGGGGAUCACCAAGAUUGGGGACCGUAUCAGAAUCUUGCGCAAAGCCAAGGGUCUCGAUAAAAAAGUCGCACAGGCUCAUGAGCAAGACACUACAGAACAAUUGAAUGAUAUUAUUAGUAAAAUAGGAUCUCUGUCGAUGUCUAUUUCUACAGGUUUACAUACAACUGAUUUUGCUGGUGAGAAAAACCAUGCAAUUUUCAUCUUAAAUGAUGGAUCUGCGAAGAAAGUUAAUAUCGAUGGUUGCUUCAAUGCAGAUUCUAUUAAGAAACGGUUACUGAAAAGAUUACCAGUCGAUCUACUCGCUGAUAGUCCCCUCGGUGGGAAAUCCCAGGAUGUCAGCGAUUAUGACGUCUUUGUCGUGGACUAUACGAAAAAUGUCUUACACCUGCUGUAUGAUGUUGAAUUGGUUACCAUAUGCCAUUCAGCUGACAGAAUAGAAAAGAAUAGACUAAUAUUUGUAUCGAAGUAUCAAUCGCCAGGUGAAAAAGCUAUCUCAUUAUCCAAAAAACUAUAUAUUAAAAUGUCCACUUCUGGUUGGGAGAGUAGUUCCGUCGAUGACAUUAAAAAUCAUGCAAGCCAUCCUGAUUUAAGAAGAAAUAAAUUACCAAUUGAUAAUUCACAUGAAGGAAUGAGGAAGAUCUUUAACCAGAGACCACCAAGUGAAUUGAUCUCUACCAAUCUUUCAGGGUACUUCCCCACCACUGACGUUAAGAAGUUACAAAAGACUUUAAGAGAUUCAUAUCGCCAUUCCAUACUUGUAAACCCUCACGGGAAAAUGUCUAUUAACCCUGAAUCCAACAACAUUGGUGACAUUUUACUGAAACAUUCUAGUGCUGUGGACUCUGCUUUGUUACAAAGUCUUCCACAUAAUCAACCUCUUGCUUCCCAUUCAAGUGCCACUUCAAGGACAACUCAGAGUGAUAAUUCCGGCUUUAUUUCCUUGUAUGCUGAAGGUUCUGAUUAUGAGGAUGAAAUGGAAGAGGAAAAUAUGGAAACUGCAGAUAUGGUAUCUUUACCAACUAAGAUCGAGACUCCAAAGGCCUGGUUAAAAGGUGCUCGUAUUGGUGCAGGCAGUUUUGGGAGUGUGUAUCUUGGUAUGAAUGCUACCACUGGUGAGCUAAUGGCAGUUAAACAAGUGAGUAUUCAACCCAUUAUUGCCAAAGAAGAAAAACAGAAAAAUGGUAACGAUAAGAAAUCUAAAAGAAAUAUAUCAGAUAUUCAUAAGAAAAUGGUAGAUGCUUUACAACAUGAAAUGAGUCUCUUAAAGGAAUUACAUCAUGAAAAUAUUGUUACAUAUUAUGGUUCUUCUCAGGAAGGUGGGAAUAUAAACAUUUUCUUGGAAUACGUUCCAGGUGGGUCCGUGUCCUCGAUGUUAAAUAAUUAUGGACCUUUUGAAGAAUCAUUAAUUAUCAAUUUCACUAGACAAAUAUUGAUUGGGGUCGCUUAUCUACAUCGCAAAAAUAUUAUCCAUAGAGAUAUUAAAGGUGCAAAUAUUUUGAUUGAUAUUAAAGGGUGUGUUAAGAUCACUGAUUUUGGUAUAUCUAAAAAACUUUCUCCUUUUAAUAGUAAACCACGUCCAGAUAAGAGAGCUUCAUUACAAGGCUCAGUAUUCUGGAUGGCCCCAGAAGUGGUCAAACAGACUGCGACUACGUCCAAAGUUGAUAUUUGGUCCACUGGUUGUGUAGUAAUCGAAAUGUUUACCGGAAAGCAUCCAUUCCCUGAUUUUUCUCAAAUGCAAGCUAUAUUCAAGAUUGGUACGAAUACUUCUCCAGAUGUCCCAUCUUGGGCAAGUGAAGUCAGUUGCAACUUUUUGAAGAGGACCUUUGAAUUAAAUUUCAAACAGAGACCAAGUGCUGUGGAUUUAUUACAACACCCUUGGUUAGAUGCAAAGAUUGUAUAA